GAAUAAGCCUAUAGCUUGUGCAGUGCAGGUGCAUGAAAAUACCGCAUGGUGUAAUUUUGGAUCUUGUAGACGAUCGCAAAGCUGGAACCUUCUAUGAAGCAUUCUUUAGAUUAUUAUUCAAAUGUCUUGUAUCGUCAUUUUUUAUUCAUAUCUUGUGUUAAUAGUCCACAUUAAGUUGCUUUGCUACUCUUCUUAAGACAAAUUUGAUUGAAGAUCACAUUUUGCGCAUUAAGAGGUUAGUUUAGAUUAAGAACUCCAUUUAAAGAUGAAGAGAACAGCAAGGAAUUUAGAUACUGACAAUUUAAAAACAAAAAAUGGUAUAGAAACAACAAAUAGCGAAAAGAAGAAAGUGAGAUUUGAGAAGCCUUUAGAUAAUAAACCUACAGGUAAUAAUGUAAAGGCAACUCUUAUAAAGAAAAGCUCAAAGGGAAAAAACUGCAGAGUGGCAAAUAAUACUGCAAUAACUAAGAGAAUAGAUUCGUUAGAAAAUGCAUUUAAACAAAAUAUUAAAAGCAAGGAAUCAGAAAACUCGAAAGGAAAAAGUGUCCAAUCUGCCAGAAAUAACGCAACAACUGAAAAAACAGAUUGGCUCAAAUUGAAAAAGGAAAGAAAAGAGCUCAGACAGAAACGCAGAGCUAAAAAAUUGAAUAAUGACACAAUAUUUGAUAAAAUUAUACAAGCUAAACAGAUUAGCGAGAAGUUACGUAGAUUAGAUUGCACAUCGCAGGAUCGAAUAAAAUUAACUCAGAGUUUACAUGAAAUGUUGAAGAAUCACUACAGCAACGUGAUAUUUACACACGAUAUGUCAAGAAUUAUUCAAUGCAUGAUCAAAUACUGUGAGGCAAAUGUUCGACAGGCUAUAUUUCAUGAAAUAAAACCAUUCAUUGUUCAGAUGUUGCAAUCAAAAUAUGCAAAAAACUGCAUUAGAAAUAUUUUAAAACAUGGUUCGCGAGAUAUUAAGAAUGACGUUAUCAAUACGUUUUACGGUAAUAUCGUCAAACUAAUGAGUCAUAAUGUAUCUGCUCCUCUCGUCGAUUUCACAUACUCUACUUGGUGCACAGACGUCGAUAAAUUAUACUUUAAGCAAGAAUUUUAUGGAGACAUAUAUAAGCAGGCAAAAGAGAAAGACGUUAAAUCAUUAUCGGAUGUAUUCGAAAAUGCGAAAGAUAUGAAAAUGGCUACAUUAUCUGCCGUAAAAACGAAUUUGAUUAGGAUUUUAAAUAAAGGUCUGGUUAAUUCUACUCUACUGCAUACAAUUUUAUGGGAAUUCUUCUGUGUGUGUUCGAUAGAAGAUAGAAAUGAAUUGAUAGUUAUGCUGCGAAGUUUCAUUGUGAUGCUAUCACGAACGAAAAUAGGAGCGAAGAUUGCUGUGCAAUGUAUAUGGCAUGGCAAUAAUAAAGAUAGAAAAGUUAUUAUGAAAACUCUAAAAGGGAAUGUAAAGACGAUUUGUAUGUCCGAACACGGUUACAUAAUAUUAUUAGCGCUUUUCGAUUCUAUAGAUGACACAGUUAUAAUGAAGAAAAUAAUAUUGGUCGAAUUGCAAGAAAAUUUAACAGAUAUUGCAGAAAAUGUGUAUGGAAGACACGUAAUAUUGUAUCUCGUGGCUAGAAGAGACUCUCAUUAUUUUCCGCCAAGUAUUGUAGAAUAUUUACGUCAAGGCGACAACAAUUCGAUAAGCAAGAAACCAGCCGAUAUUAGGAAAAAAGAACUUUUCGAAGCGAUUCGCGAUCCACUUCUUGAUGCUAUAAACGCAAAUACAGUUACGUGGUUAUCCGGCAGUGCUAUAGCUAUGGUUACUUUAGCGGUAUUAAAAGUAGCAUCUGGGGAGAAACUUGUAUCUGCAUUCAAAUCGAUUGCCAAGCUUAUCGUCGAUGUAAAUUGGAAGAUCAAGGAAAAUGAUAGGGAGUAUAGUUUGAUCGAACAUCCUGGGUUGCAUGUGAUGUUGAAGAAACUUAUUCAAAAUGAUAAGGAACUAUUGAAAGAGGAUGAACCUACUUUUGGUAGAAUAUUGCUAUUACAUUUAACAUUAGAAGAUCUCCAGAAAUGGAUAGAAUUUAACAGAGCUUGUUUCUUAUUAAUUAUGCUCAUAGAGACCCAGCCUGCAAAAGUUGUAUAUAUGUUGCUAUGCCAAUUAAAAACGCUUCAGGAAAAUCUCGAAUCGAAACAGAGCCCUGGAAAAUCAAUAUUGUUAAAAAAAUUGAAAGAAACAUAUGAAGAAUUGAAAAAACAAUAUGAAUAAUUAGUAUAAUAUUCAUACACAUAUAAAGAUGGACUGAAGAUCCAUUGGCCAUUUUUUAAAUUAAUCAUAUUAUUUUGUCCGUUUUGAAUAUAUACAAUGCAUAUAAUAAAAAAAAUAUACAGCAUACCUCUAGUCUAUCUUUAUACUUAUGGUCAUCAUAUUGUG